AUGCUGAAUGAACAAAGUGUUGAAGUCGAUUUAAAAAAAAUAGAAACAGAAUUAGUAAGUUGCCACGAUAAUACCGAGAAAACGAAAAAAAAAAAAAAGGUUCAAUUUUCCGAAAAAAAUGAAACGUUAUAUUAUGAAAAAGAUGAAAAUGAAAACAGUUAUUUUAAUUUUGCAUUAAAUAAUUUUAAUUAUUUUGAAUCCUUUUAUAAUAGAAUGUAUAAUGCUGAUUUUAAUGAUCAAGAGAUUCAAAAAUAUGAUACUUUUUUAAACGUUAAUGAUAAGAUAUUGGAAUAUAAUGAAAUGGAUGAAGAUGAGGAAGAAGAAGAUAUACAAAAUAAUUUUUUGAAAAAAAAUAAUUUAGUUAAUUCGGCAUUUAAAGGAGUUAACAAAUUGAAAAUUGAUUUACACAGUAAAAUAAACAAAAGAGAUUCAAAUUCUACUUCUGAUGAUAAUGAAAAAAAUAAUGCAUCCUAUUCUAAAAAAGAUAAAUUUGCUCAAUCAUUUAGUGAAGAUUGUUCUUUUGAAAUUAAUGAUAUUCAAUCUGCUAUUAUAAAUGCAGAAGAAAAAACAACAUAUUAUAACAAAGAUUAUUUUGGGUAUGAGAUUGAACCGUUUAAUAUGAAAAAUGAAUUACAAGAAGGAUAUAUAGAUAAAGAUGGGAAUUAUAUUUAUCAUGAUUCUAAAAAUAACAAAGUGGAAGAAGCGUGGUUAAAAUCUAUUGAUGAAAAUGAAUCUUUUUCAAAUAAUAAAUUACAUACUCAAAUACAUAAAGAAAUCAUUUCGAAAUCUAAUAAUAAUAUUAAUACUGAUAUAUAUGACAAUUCUCUUAGUGUUAAUAUAUAUGAUGGGCUUUAUUCCUUGUCGUGUUUAUUAGCAGAUAAAGAAACACCUAUUAAAGCCAUGAUUAGGUAUAAAAAUGAUUUAAAAAAUUGCAAGAAUUAUUUAAAUCAAUGCAAAACAAAUUUAGAGGAAGCAAGAGUACAAGAAUCUCAAAAAGAUGGAACAGGGGAAAAUCUUCAAUCUAGCAAGGAUCGAGUCACUCCAAAUGAACUCCAAGUAAAUAUCAGACAAAGUGAUGAAUAUAAGGCUGAUGUGGAAAAGGAAAAAGAAGAUAAGGCUAAUGCGGAAAAGGAAAAAGAAGAUAAGGCUAAUGUGGAAAAGGAAAAAGAAGAUAAUGCUAAUGUGGAAAAGGAAAAAGAAGAUAAGGCUAAUGUGGAAAAGGAAAAAGAUAAGGCUAAUGUGGAAAAGGAAAAAGAAGAUAAGGCUAAUGUGGAAAAGGAAAAAGAAGAUAAGGCUAAUGUGGAAAAGGAAAAAGAAGAAGCUUCGGGUGAUACGAUUCAGAAUGAGCAUAAAAAAAAAAUGCAGCAAUUAGAGGAAGUUUAUCAAAAGGCAUUAUUAGAUUACAAAACAAUAGAAAGACAAUUUAAUAACAUAAUUGAUCUAACACAAAAAUUAACCAAUGAAUAUAAAAAUGUAUAUUUUUUAACAAAAAAUGAAUUUGAAGAAAUAUGUAAAAAAUUAGAAGAAUGUAAAGAAAGUGGAAAUAUAUUAUGGCAACUAAAAUGGCAAAGUGAUGUUAAUAAUAAUAUAUAUGGACCAUAUAAUUAUUAUGAUAUAUAUAAUUUUAUAUCUCUUGGUAUUGUAUCAGCAGCAAAUCCAAUACUCCUAAGAAGGGUAAGUAACGAAAAUAAAAUGUUGGAAAAUAUUUGGCAAAGUUACGAUACAGUGAAUUAUCUUAACUUUGUUAAUAAUGAUAAUGUAAAAAAAAAAAGAAAAUUAAAUGAAAUAAAUAUCGAAGACUCUGAAGGCGAACAAAAGGAAGUAGAUAGUUCUACUGAUGAUAAUGAAUACGAUAUUCAAAAUAAAAAAAAAAAAAAAAAAGGAUUAAUACAAAUAUCAAAAAAAAAGGAGAAAAUAAGUAAUGAAGACGAUACUGAUAAUGAAGAUGAUUUUGAAAGUUAUGGCAUUUAA